AUGGCAAUGUUAAAAUCAUUACUUAUGUCAGCUAAAAAUCGUAACUACGAUCCAAUGUCUGAAGAUGGUUAUGAUAGCAAAAUUCCACUACAUAAUGAUGAAGCUUUUCAACAUGGAAUACAAUUUAAUGCAAAAUUUAUCGGUUCAUUGGAAGUACCGAAACCAGCAAGUAGGGUAGAAAUUGUUGCUGCUAUGCGUCGUAUUCGCUAUGAAUUUAAAGCAAAAGCAAUUAAAAAACGUAAGGCUACUUUAGCAAUAUCAGUCGAUGGAAUUAAAGUAUCUUUAUGGAAAAAGAAAAAGAAAGAAAUUUAUUUUGAUGAUAGUCAACUUGUUUUAAUGGAACAUCCAAUAUAUCGAGUAUUUUAUGUUUCACAUGAUAGUCAAGAUUUGAAAAUCUUUAGUUUUAUUGCACGUGAUAAUGUUACUAAUUCAUUUCGUUGUAAUGUUUUUAAAGCAUAUAAGAAGAAUGAAGCAAUGCGUAUCGUCCGUACUAUUGGUCAAGCUUUUGAAGUUUGUCAUAAAUUAGCAAUGCAACAACGGCAACCACCUACCCCACCUGCAAUUUCUAGUCCAACUAAAGUCAGUUCAAAUCUAUCUGAAAAUGAUUUAACACCUAAACAAAUCAAUCAUGAAAUUCUCUCAUCAAACAUUGAUCUAAAAGAAAAAGCCGAACGUUAUUUACAAAGUGUUGAAAUAACUCCAGCUCCAACAACUCCUGAAAUCCAAACACUUAAUUUAUUUCCUACUCAUUCAUCAAGUGAAUUUACACUUAAACAUCAAAUGCAAUUCAUGCAAGAACAAUUACAACAAAUGCAAAAUGAAUCCGAAUUAGCAUUUAAUCAAAUCAAAUUAAUCAAAGAACAAUUAAAUAUCGAAAUAGCUGCACGAAUUGAUUCACAAAAUAAAAAUACUCAAUUACUUCAACGUAAUCGAGAAUUAUUAACACAUAUACAACAAUUAUUACUCUAUACAAAUGAACUUGAAAUCAAAUUAACAAAAGUAAAUAAUUUUGAUUCAUUAAAACUUUUACCAACACGUCCAACUGAUUUACUUUUAUUACCAUCAUUAUUUUCAACAUCAAAUCAACAAUGUUUAUCAAGUGAUUCACCUGAUUCUGGUAAAGGAAAAGAAAUCUCAUCUGAAAGUAUAUCAGAUCCAUUUGCACAACAACAAUUAAAUAAUACAGCAAAAACAUUUACAAUAAAUGAUGAUUUAACAACACAAUCAAUAUCCGUUAACGAUAAUUCACGUUCAUCACAACAUACACGAGCAUAUUGUUCAACAUCACCAUCAUUAACAUCAUCAUCACGUUCAUCAUCAAGUUCAAUGAAAAAAAAAUUUGAAGAUUUUAAUAAUAAUGAUAAAUAUAUUUAUCAUCAUAUGACAUCAAAUGGUUCAUCUUCAUUUACAAAUUCGGCUUUUACUCAAAGUCCACAUCGAACAGUAGCAAAAGAAUUUGAUCCAUUACUGAAAUAA